AUGUCGACCAUUACCAAUACCGUCACCUCGACGGAUACACACACCAAGAGCCGUGCGCUGACUCGGGUUGACGACCUACCAGCCUCAACGGUCCAAUGCCACGCGUCCAACCUUCUCGAACUUCCAGACGGAACACUCCUCUGCGUCUGGUUUGGUGGAACGCAAGAGGGUACACAUGACAUCUCGAUCUAUCUCUCUCGGCUCGAGCCCGGCUCUACUGCAUCCUGGUCAGCACCAGUGCGGGUAUCUGCAGACAAGGAGCGCAGCGAGCAGAACCCUGUCUUGUUCCGAGACCCUGCUACCGGCACCAUCUGGCUCUUCCACACCGCGCAACCCCUUGGCAACCAGGACGAGGCGGUGGUGAUCGCUCGUACGUCCAGCGACGACGCACGCACGUGGUCUGCACCCUUUGAGCCGUUCCCGGGCAGGAAAGGCGUCUUCGUUCGACAGCCUCUGGUAGUACUCCCAGGAGGAACGUGGGUGCUACCUAUUUGGUAUUGCCGUACACCGCCUGGCUUCAGGUGGGUCGGUAAUGACGACGUGUCUGCGAUAUUGUACACGCACGAUGGGGGUCGAACUUGGCUCGAAAAGGAGGUCCCUGACUCUGUGGGACGCGUGCACAUGAAUAUCAUACGGAUACCGAGUACAGGGUCCUAUGUGGCAUUCUUCAGGAGUCGGUGGGCUGAUGAAGUUUAUCGGUCCGUUUCAGAAGACGGGCUUGAAUGGAGUGCCCUUGAGAAGACUCCACUGCCAAAUCCAAACUCAGGAAUUGGUGCGGCGGCUUUGCCCAGUGGUGACAUCGUGAUGAUAUUCAACGACUCGAAAGCCAAUCCAGAGAUGCAAAGAAGGGAGGGGCUCUACGACGACAUUACACCUGCAGAAGAUACAAGGAGCAAUCAACCGGGCAUGGGGAGCAAAGUGGCCAUAUGGGGCACGCCGCGAAAGUUACUGUCGGUUGCGUUGUCUAAGGAUCAUGGUAAAACUUGGAAAUGGAGAGUUUUGGAGGACGGCGAUGGUUUCUGCAUGACAAACAACUCCAAGGAGCGCACGAACAGGGAAUUAAGUUAUCCCAGUAUUUUAGUGGAUGGGAAGGGACAGAAUGGGGUGCAUGUGGCUUACACCUACCAUCGGAGGAACAUCAAGUAUGUUUACAUUCGAGAUGCUGAGGAAUUUGUUAGUAAUGCGUAG